UUAGAUUGAUUGACAUGAUCAGGUCACCAAAUUGUAAAUGUGCAAUGUUUAAAACCCAUUUAUCAAAAGUUCAUUAAUUUUUCUGGGCUGGCUUCGUUUUAAUCUGAUUUAUACGAAAAUGAGAUUUUUUUACGGAAUUGGGUAGUUUUGCUGUGUUGAUGGUGUAAUUUGAUUUAGUUUUUUUAACUGAAUUUAGCAUAAUAAAUCGUUCAUUUUGACUGCUAAAAAAAUGGGAAUAUAUCUGAAGGAAUUGGGUAGUUUUUAUUUUUUUUAUUUUUUUAUUACUGAAAGUUAUAGAUGAAGAUGAUUAUUUACUAAUGAUUUAGGUGGGUUUUUAAUUAUUUAUUUAAUUUAUAUGUUACAUUAUUUAUUAAUUUAUUUUUGAUUUGGGUUUUGCGUUGAUAAAAUGUUUAUGCUUUGGUGGCAAAUGAGAGGAGUUUCCUGCUAAGUAUCAGAAGAUCAAUUUUGGUUGGCAUAUUGGAGUUGGCACUAAAUUGUCUAUUUUGGGUGGAGAGAAGUGUAAAUUAGGUGAUGUCUGUGGAUUGCCCUGUCAAGGAAUGGGGUUGUGGAAAACCAGGUGCGAAUCAUCAAAGAAUGGGUUCUAUCACUUCUAUGGUUUGCGACAUAGGGGACCCCUGUCUUCAUCAUUCUCCUAUCAAGGUAAACAAAAUGCUUAAGCCAGAAAAGUGGCAGGCAAUUUUUGAUAGUGAAGGCAAGGCUCUAGGUUUUCAGAAAGCUUUGAGGUUGAUUAUCUUAGGGGGCGUGGAUUCGUCUAUAAGGUCAGAAGUAUGGGAAUUUCUUCUUGGUUGUUAUGCACUGAGCAGUACCAGAGAGUACCGUGAACUACUGAGAGCAGCCAGAAGGGAGAGAUACGAGGAACUUGUGAGACAAUGUCAAAAAAUGCAUUCAAGCAUAGGAACGGGCUCACUUGCUUAUGUUGUUGGUUCAAAAAUUAUGGAUGUGAGAGCAUAUUCUAAAGAUAAUGUGAGAAGAGAAGCUGAAUCUGAAGAAAGACAAGCUUCCGGAGAUGAUACUAACAAACUUAACGCUUACAGUGAUAGGAAUAAUAAUUGUACAGAUACAACAUAUACACACCAAAGGGAAAGCUCUAGCGAUUCUUCUGACGUUGCCAGUGUGAGAGAAAGCAUUGAUAGUGCCGCUUAUGACUCAUCUUGCCUUAUUCCCAGCCCUUUAGAAUUCAACUGCAGUUCCUUGAGACCUAGGAGCCAAACUCAUGAAUCUCAAUUUCCAGUUGAUGAAUAUUUUGAUUUUCCUGCCCUACCGGUUACAGAUUUAUUUGAGAAGAGUGACGAAAGUGACCAAGCAAACGAAUCACAUGAUGAUGGACAUUCUACACAAUGGAAAAUCAGUGUUGGCAAUGGUAGCAUGCACAGUUUUCAGAUUGAUAAUAACGAUGAAUUAGUUAUUGAAUCGAAUGGUUCACUAUCAAAUAGCGUUAGACAGUCUAGCGGUUCCGAAAUUGAGAUGGCAGGUGGCCACUGUGACACACCUCAUGAACAUGUGAUGCGACAAGAUAUUCAAAAGUAUAAAAGUAAAGUACUGAACAAAUUGAGAAUAUCUGAUGUGCCAGAAGCAGCAGAGCUUUAUUCAAGUAAUUGCCAAGAAACUGAACCAAGUGAAGAUAAGGUAUCUGAAUGGCUCUGGACUCUGCAUCGAAUAGUGGUUGAUGUGGUUAGAACUGAUAGUCAUCUCGAGUUCUAUGAGGAUCCAAAAAAUUUGGCCAGGAUGUCAGAUAUUCUUGCUGUUUACGCAUGGGUUGAUCCUGAGACGGGAUACUGCCAAGGAAUGAGUGAUUUACUCUCUCCGUUUGUCGUUCUUUUCGAAAAUGAUGCGGAUGCAUUUUGGUGCUUUGAGAUGCUUCUCCGACGAACGAGAGAAAAUUUUCGAAUGGAAGGACAAACUGGAGUAAUGAAGCAGUUACAAACACUCUGGCAGGUCUUAAAACUGACUGACAGAGAAAUGUUUUCACACUUAUCUCACAUAGGUGCUGAAAGCCUUCAUUUUGCCUUCCGGAUGCUGCUGGUGCUUUUUCGUAGAGAAUUAUCAUUUUCUGAAGCCCUUUGUAUGUGGGAGAUGAUGUGGGCUGCUGAUUUUGAUGAACCCCUUGCUUGGAAUCUAGCACAAAACUGUCUUGAACCAUUGGUGCUGCAACUGCCAGAUGAUGUGAGCGCUGAGAGUGUAGAGGAAAGAAAAGAGACAGAUGAGAGCAGUUCAAAGUCUGGCUCGCUAGCAAAAAGUGGAAGUAGUGAACAUGCCAGCUCCGAGGAGGCUGCAAUGAAGUCCUUAGCGGCUAAUCAUUCAUUUUGUGGCUUAACUAGGACCUUAUGGUCUCGGUAUGAUCGCGCACAUGAACGCACUGGGUUCUCAUCUACAAGGAACGGGGAAGAUGAUUUACCUGUGUUUUGUGUGGCAGCAAUUUUAAUUUUAAACCGUCACAAAGUCAUCAAAGAAACUCGUUCAAUUGAUGAUCUAAUCAAGAUAUGUAACGAUAAUGUGCUCAAGAUAAAAGUCAAAAAAUGCAUAAGGACAGCGAUCAAGCUUCGGAAAAAAUAUUUCUACAAGAUGAUAAAGUACAAUACUCCAUCACCUCAGAAUGACCGUCCAAUUUAACUCGGUGAUGUGCACUCAGCCAUUCACCUAGAGAGGCCGAGUCAUCACGCUUGAAUCCUUGCUGCUUGAGCGGGCAAAGCUGCUUGUAGAUCUUCAUGUGAUUCUUUCUGCUAUAGAUUUUAGGUCUUUGUAACAUCUAAUGGUUUUCAUUGCAACAAAUGCCGCCUUUCUGAUGAGUUGAUGGAUUGAAGGCUUUCGAGGUGUACACAGAUGGAUCACAGAUGAUGUGGCUCUAAGAGUUUCAUCUACAUGUCAGUUUAUCAGGAGGGCAAAUAAAAUUUCGUAGCACAGUCAGUUUUGUAGUUUGUACCCCCAACCCAAUUCUUUGACGCAAAAUAUAUGGAGAAGAAAAAAAAAAUAUCAAUACAUGAUGUUGUUUCGUUCGGUCGGUUACGUGUUGUUCCUUCAUCAAUGCACAUGCAAGCAGGCGGUUCUCAUCUUAUAUUAUAUUAUGUACAAAUUUUCCUUAGAAAAAUUUAAUGGAAAGUAGAUAUAUCACCAUGUUAGCACAUCUUUAGAAGUUAUGUAUGUGCUUUUUUAUUUAUUUAUUUAUUUAUUUUGUGUUCGGGUUAAGAACCCGAAUAAUAGAA